AUGACCACCGCAGCGGCAACAGGUUCGACUAAGGCCCGGGUAGCCGUUGUGUUCCAGGCGCUCGAUCCGCCAAUCAUCAACGGUGUCCGGAAGCCCAAGAAGCCGAAUGGCUACCGCGAUUCGGGCGCAGACAUCGCCUACAACCUUCGCCAAGUCGAGGGUAUUAAGGUGAUUUGCCCCGUGCCCGAUCCCAAGCCGGACAGGGACGUGGAUUGGUGCUUCCAGGACACGGAGGAGGAUAUCCUGCAGGCCCUCGAUCAGGGCGCCACCCAUCUCUGGGCCAACACCAUCCUCUUCGCCGCUCACCCAUUGCAAACGUCCGUCCGUAUCGGCGCCUUCCAGGACAAGGCGUGCGUGGUCGGCCAGGGGCCCUUGGCCAUCGAGAAGUACGAUGACAAGAACUACGUCAACAGUCUGCUCCGGCGGGCGGGCGGUUUCACUUUACCUCGCUCGUGGACCAUGACGGCUAGUUCCUCGAGUAAUAUUGGCGAGGCCCGUUUUCCACGGUCACUACUACCAUUGGCGAAGGAGCUUCCGUAUCCCAUCGUCGCCAAGCCGAUCCGCGGGCGGGGAAGCCACGGCGUGCGCGUGUGCCACAACAUGGACGAGCUAGUCCAGCACGCGCCCAGGUUGUUCGAGGAGUCGCCCGCCAUUAUGGUCGAGGAGUUUCUCGCCGGCGAGGAGGCCACGGUGACUGUGAUGCCGCCCCUGCCCGCCGUGGGCAAGGCCGACUACUGGGCGCUGCCAGUGGUCACGCGCUUCAACCACGUCGACGGCAUCGCCCCCUACAACGGCGUCGUUGCCGUCACCAAGAACUCGCGCGCCGUCAUGGACGAGUGCGUGCGCGCCGCCCGUCUGCUCAGAGUUGCUGCGCCGAUCCGCAUCGAUGUGCGCCGGCUGGACCAGUCGCCGCGGUCUAAAUUUGCGCUGUUCGACGUCAACAUGAAGCCGAACAUGACGGGGCCCGGCCGGCCGGGCCGAGACGACCAGGCUAGCUUAACCCUGAUCGCCGCCGCUGCACUGGGCUGGGACUAUAAGACGUUGCUGAGCCACAUGCUGAUGACUUCGUGCCCGCUAGCGACGCUCAGGGGUUUGAAGCCAGUCAAUUCGGGCAGUGAACCGUGAUGUGUAUGUCCAGGAGGUAUCAAUCUGAAUCCUGAUUAGAUACUGAGCGCCUGUUACUCGACCCUUUACCGACUAUGCCAACCGGGUGAGAGUUCCGCCUCUAAUGCGGGGGGCAGACGCCUGCUUUCUAGGGCAGACAAUAGAACACUGUAUGUAGUGUUGGCAUCUAAACUGAAAACGUAGGUUUGUAUUCGUAAAAUUGCUGGAGAAUUGGCUAGCAAUUCGCAAGCAAUUGUCCAAGGCGAAACAAGAUUCGACAAGGGGGCGUGGGAAUAACCGGGCCCCGAGCGGUUGGUCAUCGAACGCCGGCUCCCGUUCCCCACAUUGCGGGGCAAACUGCUCGGCAUCACAUCAGAAACCGCGGGUCCUGACUAAUGCCUGUGAAAUGACCAGCGUCGGCCCGGCCGUCAUUGACAUUUCUCGACCCGCGAAUCGAAUGAUAAACUCAGAUCUCCAUUGCCUCCACCA